UGAACCCGAACUGAACCGAACCACCACCACCACCACUACCACCAACCUCAUCGUUGGAUAUUGGGGCCUAUCACGUUCUGCAUCUCAAGUCCCAACAAAACAAACCAUGCCGGUUUAUCCGUCGCUGCAAUGAGGGCUCGCAGAGGCUGCUGGACUUGCGCAGCUCGGAAGAUCCGGUGCGACGGGGGCCUGCCGACCUGCAAGAACUGCGAUAAGGCCCGGCGAGACUGCCAAGGAUAUGGAAUGCGCUUGUCGUGGCCCAGAGACAACGACGAGAGGCGCGCCAUGACGGGGAGUAACGCGCCGCUGGCGGUGGUGUCAUCAACUCGGUCGAGUCACCAGCCUGCGGACCUCUUCUUCGUCAACACGACAUGGCGGGAUAUGGAGUUGUACGGCUAUCUGUCCGGGCAGAUGCACGCCUCUCGUCUACUUCCAUCUUCCCCGAGUCUAUGGGGGCCGCCACAGCAACAAAAUGUGAGCCACAUGGAUCUAGUCCACUACUUUCAAGAAACCGCCCACCUGUCGUUGGUCACGUUCGGCCAGAGUCCUUUGCGGAUCCGAGACGCCCUCCUGAGCAUGGCUCUGGCACACAACGCAGUUCCCGGCCUCGCUCUCCUCCAGGCCUUACUUGCUUUCUCCUCCCUCCACCGCCAUGGACCCAGCGAGCAGGCAUCGCGCUUCAAGAUACAGGCACUCCGGUCUCUGUCCGCUUCGGUGGCGGACGAGCCGCUGACCCCGGCAAAGGCCGCCCACCAGGUGGCCGCGUCCAUGCUCCUCGGGGCUUUCGAGAUCCUCCAACCGUCGGAAGGGUCGGGCGAGUGGCUGUGGCACACUUGGGGGGCCAUGGACACGAUCCAGGCGACGGCCAGGCUCAUGGAUCAACCGCACGAGAGCGAUGUCGGCCACCUGCUCAACUGGGUCUACUACCAUGAGACUCUUUCUCGCUUCGCCGUGCACCACUGGCGCCACAAAUCGCUGGUCCCGGGGACGUCGCCGAGGAGUCACGGACAGCGAGAUCUCCGGUAUCCGCCCUUGGCGAGACACAGGCCUAACUUGCCCCCCGUGAACCCCACGCACGCGAUAUUGAACCUGCUCUCCGAGAUCUGCGACACCCUGGUCGACCCGCGUGAUCCCCGGAGCCGCGACCGGGAGUACCAGGACCGCCUCGAGGGUUUCCGGCGAAGGAUAGGGGACGCACCCGCCCCGUCCGCCCCGACCACCGACGCCGCCAUCGCCGUCGAGUUGUACCGGAUGGCGACGCGCAUCUACCUCGCGCGGGCUUCGCAGAGCCCGUGGGAGGCCCCGGCGGACCUCGACCCGCUCAUCGACGCGGUCUUCUCCGGGUCCGCCGUCGGGUCGUGCACCUGUGAGCACUUCUUCCCGCUGCUGAUACUCGCCUGCGAGGCGCGCCGGGAUGAGCAGCGGGCGGCCAUCGUCGGCCUGAUCGAGAGGACGCGGAGGGACGCCCGCAUCCGGAGCAUCCAGGGAGUCAAGGACACGAUCCAGGCCAUCUGGGUGCAGCAGGACCUGCACAGGGACGACGACGUGCUGGUGGACUAUCUCGGGGUCUUGAGCGCCGUCAUCAGCUCGGGUGGCACCCUGCUGUCUUUCGCCUAGGCUUUAGGUGGUGUAUGGCUCAAAAGGUCUAUGCAUGUCUAUACAGUUGUCAUCCAUUUGUUGCGAUGUUUGAGGCAUGGAGCUUUGUUCAAAGCCCCUCAACACAGGGGGUCUGCUUCGUUCAUGAGCAUUCCCUUGUCACAACAAGCAUUUGUUAAACAAAGGGCAGUAAUUAUUUGCCGACUGGAACGUAAAUGUAUUAUUGUUCUUUGUAUUGUCAACUUGACCGUCUCAACUGGCCCAGGAGCCCUCCCUCUGAAACGACGGACGGUCUACUUCGACGGUCUUCUCGACGGUAUCUCUCUCCCCGCUAGGCAAUGGUCUC